AUGCCUAAUACGAGAGAGUCUCCUAAAAACGCGCCGCCAAACAUUGUGCAUUGGUUGGUGCGGACUGCUGUUUUCUGUGUGUUUUAUGCCGGACAAUCGGUUAUCAUAAAUUUUUCGCAAUUCCUUGGACUUUUAAUUUGGCCCUUCUCCAAAGCCUACUAUCAAAGUUACAUUCUUCAAACACAGAAAUCAUAUGGCGUACUUUUGAUGGCCAUCAAUCAAUUUUUUGCACCAAGCAAUUUCGUGAUUACAACUGAUGAGUCGGCUAAAGAUGUCUUGAGAACUAUGUGGAUUAAUGGCACGAAAUUGGAGUUGAAUAUCCCGAGUCGUAUAAUGUUAAUUGCUAAUCAUCAGGGAAUGCAAUUCUUCCAAUUCAUAUUUCUUAAACGGAAUUGGACAGAAGAUAAAGAAAACAUGGACAAGACUUUGACAAAGAUAGCUAAUUCCAAAGAUCCGUUAUGGCUACUGAUAUUCCCAGAAGGGACUUUAGUGUCUGAGAUUACGCGUAAAACAUCAAAAAAUUACGCGGAUAAGAAUGGCUUGGUUGACCCAAAAUUUGUACUAUUACCACGAUCAACAGGCCUUCAUUUCUGUUCGAGUAAAUUACAAAAAUCCGUAGAUUACAUCUACGAUCUAACAAUCGGCCUAGAAGGUGUAAAACCCGGCGAAUAUCCUGAAGACAUUUAUACUCUGCGUCGAAUCUAUUUUGAAGGACUCUACCCACCAAACAUUCAUAUUCAUAUACGUCGAUAUCGACUCUGUGAUCUUCCGAGUGAUGAGGACAAAUUCGCGGAGUGGUUGCGCGCUCGAUGGAACGAAAAAGACAUGUUAAUGACGGAGUUUUACUUGAAUGGAAGAUUUACCUCUAUUUAUGGACGACCGAAAGUUAUCGCCUCGAGAUUGAACACUGUUUUUGAGUUAUGUCAGAUUUGGUACUUUAUUGUGCCUUCGCUUGUUUUAUGGUAUCUCGUGAACACUUGUGGAGUGGCAUUGCCGAAAAUCCCGUGA